AUGGAGAGCAGGCCCGGGAGACAGAGGGGCUCCACAGGCCUCUGCUGGGGCAGCCCAGCUCUGCGCCGGCCUCUGUGGGGAGGCCUGUCGGUAGCCGCGUGUUCCUGUGUUCCAGCCUUCCUGGCCGCCCAGAAGGCCCACGCGGUGCUGAAGCGCUUCCCUCGAGCCAAUGGCUUCCUGGAGGAAUUCCGGCAGGGCACCAUCGAGCAGGAGUGUGUGGAGGAGAUUUGCAGCUACGAGGAGGUCAAGGAGGUGUUUGAGAAUAAGGAGAAGACGAUGGAGUUCUGGAAGGGCUACGCCUACUCCGUCAAGGACCCGGCCGACAGCACGGGCCGCUCUGACGCCAUGUACAUGGUGGUGCCACUGCUGGGCGUGGCACUGCUGGUCAUCAUCGCCCUGUUCAUCAUCUGGCGGUGCCAGCUGCAGAAGGCCACGCGGCACCGGCCCUCCUACGGCCAGAGCCGCUACCUGGCCAGCAGGGCCGGCUGCAGCCUGUCCCGCGUGAUGGUGUGCCACGAGGCCUCGCCCAGCCGGGCCGAGGCUCCCUGCCGGCGGGACUCUGGCAGCAGAGGGGCCCGGGGGGGCCGGGGGGGCCCGGGGCCCGCGGGCCAGGUGGACUGGGCCCUCUGUCCCUCCGAGCAUGCUGCCUUGGCCCUGUCCAGGCUGUCCAGCGCCACCCCGCCCCCAUCCUAUGAGGAGGUGACGGGGCACUCUGACUGCGGCAGCAGCAGUGGGGAAGAGGCCACCGUCUCCUACAGCGACUCGCCGCCCGUGUAUGAGGAGAUUGCGGCUGCGGCGGCCGCCCCCGCGAAGUAG